CGGCGUGGCAGAGUUCUUUGUGCUCCCUGUGGUUUUGGCGGUAAAUACUUCACACAUUUGGUCACAUGCGCGGCGCAAUUUCGGUAGCGUGUUGUGGUGGUUGCUCGAAUCUAGAAUCAAGAAGGUUAACAAGGCAAAUCGGCAUUCCAGGAAUAUGGACAACGCUCGAGUUAUCAAGCGUAGAAAGAGACCAGAAAUGAAACGGUAUGUACCUCCAGGGCGAAGGCAUGUAGAACAACAAAUAGAUUGCGUGGUAUUCGACGAGAAGCCUAAAACAACAACAAUCCAGAAUACGAUACCAAGUGAGAGUUGGGAUGGAGAAGAAUACAACACAAAAAUGUCAUCUUCCUAUGACCAGCAAAGCGAUUGGGAUGAGUUAAAAUCAGCCGAAAAGUCUGAAACCCCCCUCACAUAUGAAUGCAGCAAGCAAUCAGCUAUGGAAAAUGAUGACAGUUCAUACUCCAGCUAUACUCCAAAGGCAGACAUUAACCUUAAAAUAAAGACCAUCGAGACCUGUGUGAAAGGCCUGGCCUCUUGUAAUAACCCACAGAAUUCUAUAUUAAUUGCUAUAAAUGGUCUUCAAGAGGUCUUCAAUAAACCUUGUCUAGGUGAGUCUCACCAACAAAUGAUUGGAACAGUAUUAUGCAGUCUUUUAGAGUUUAUUCUGAAAAAUAUAGUCUUCUGCUCAUCAAAUGCCCUGGAUGACAUCUCUUCACUAAUGGCAACAGUUGGAUAUGUAUUAGAAGAGAAGUAUCCUCAUGAACUCGAUAGACUGUUUAACCUUAUUCGAGACCGGUUUAUAGAUAGCAGCACAAGCAAAGAGCAGCGUCAGUACUUGAUGGAGAUGUUGGAAAGUCGGGCUAUGGGCUGGGUGCCAAGAUAUGAAUAGAGGUAGCAAACUCAGAAGCACUUUAAAAUACACAUCUGUUAUGAAAUAUGAAUAUUUUAUAUGUUUUUAAAUAAGAAAAGCAAAGUAGCAUCGCAGAGAUCAUAUACCAUAGCAUUACUUUAAAGCACAAUAAAAACUAGGAUAACUCAAUCACCUAACCAACUCAAACUGACUUCAAGUUCCCUAAAGACAUAUUUUUUAUCAUUUCAUCUUGGAUAACUCUAACUCCUUCCUAACUCAAACUUUUUCAUUUCCUUAAGUUAACCCGAUUUUAUUCCAGCCGACUGAAACUCAGAGAUUUUUUACAGGAGACUUACGAUUUGUCACUCUUGGUAUGGCAGUGUCCUGAUUAUAAUUGAAAAUUCGAGCCUGGGAGUGGGGUGGAGAUUUCCAUCUUAUAUUAUCAUUAAAGUUCAAAUGCACUAA